AUGCCCAAAAUUCUGAAAUCAUGUUUUUUGGCACGCCACAGCAACUCUUGUAAGUUUUCCACUCCCCAACGUAUCAGUUACUGGAUCGAACCUGUCUACAUCAACAGCAAACUGGUAGACAACGCAAACGAAUGGCUCCGUAAGAACACCCAAGUGCAAGUAAUGUCCUGUCAGACCAUUGUUUGGUCAUCUUGGGACCCGACAACAUUAGACGACAGUUCGCAGAUGGUCAUCUCGAAAAGUACAACUGAAGAUUCUAUAACUUAUUUCAAAAGCGGUUUGAGGCUAUGGUUGGAGCCAAGAACGGACAGAAACUCCAGCCAGACGUUGUGCUGUGUUGAUCUGGUUCCUGACAAAAAGCACACGACUGUCAACUGCCUCAUCGAUAAGCUGAAUCAGAAAAUUUCAAACAAACAGCUCAAAGGGCGGUUGGUGACAAUUGAAACAACAAGUUUUCCCUGUUCUGGUGAACAGAAAGUUGACUCGAAACAUACAAAAUGGACGGAAUCGAUGAAUGACGAUAUACAAUACGCCUUUGUCAUCAGAAAAAUUAGACCUCGUAGCUAUAGAAGUCUAACAGAAGUGCCCGUUCCAGUGCGAAUCCAGGCAUAA